AUGGCUUCUGACGAGACUACCCGGCUCCUUCCAGGUCCAGGAGAUGAACAACCGUGCGAUCGGGGUGAAAGUGAGACUACAGGGAGCAUUUCUGGCGGAGCCGGGCUAGCCAUUUUCAUCGCAUACCUAGGUAGUUCUACCCCCGCAUUGUCCCAAACGAUUGCUGACACAACGACUUACGAUAUCAUUGCUUCCGAGUUCCAUGAGCUAUCGAAAGCAUCAUGGCUCGUUACGGGAUACAAUUUGGGCUAUUGCAUCGCGUUACCAGUGUACGGCACCCUAGCAGAUAUCUUGGGACGCCAGAGGUCUAUGCUUCUGGGAUACCUAGUGUUCGCCCUUGGCUGUCUAAUCAGGUGGGUGGGACGCAACUGGAGCGAUCAGUACGUCACUGACUCGAGCAGCUCUCUCAGCAAUUCAAUGAACCAAUUGAUAGCUGGACGGAUCGUUAGUGGAGUGGGAUCUUCUGGCAUGGUUGUCAUGAUUUCCAUCAUCAUAACCGAUCUGGCGGCGCCCAGCGAGGUUGCAUUAUUGCGCAGCUACACCAACGUCGUGAACAUGCUCGGAAGGGGGGCUGGAGCUCCGCUGGGCCGUGUUAUAGUCAAUUCACUAGGUUGGAGAUGGGCUUUCACCGGCCGGCUACCCCUUAUUGUUCUGUGUCUGUUUCUAUCCCGGGUGCAGUUCCCUACAAAACCUCGAGCAGCCACUCCUGCCGCUGAGACGUCCAACAUCGAAAAGCUAAAAAGACUGGAUUAUUUCGGCAUUUUUAGCUUCGCGGCUGCGGUCUUCACCCUAUUGCUAGCUUUGACGGCAGCUGGAACAAUCGACAAAAAGCUAUCCACGGUGUAUGCCCUGCUAGGGAUGUGUACAUUAGCCACCGUGGUAUUUAUCUGCCAUGAAUGUCUAUGGGCAGCAAAGCCGCUGGUACCCUUACGACUGGUCACCAAGGGUGUUGGGCAGUACUGGCUGGUGCAGGUGGUGUUGUUUAGCGGACGAUGUGGUGUGAGGCAAAUGCAGGAGGAAGGGGCAACUCUAUUUCUUGUUCUAAGCACCAUGGCUCUGGCGGUGGGUUCGAUCAUUUCGGGGUUCUCGAUCAAACGGACGAAACGUUAUAAGAAAAUGAGUCUUGCUUCCGCCGCGAUUAGCAUAGUUGCAUCCACUCUACUGUUCUUCUCGUGGCAUUUCGAUCGCCCCGUCUGGGAAACGCUCCUCGUCAUUCCCAUGAGCACCCCCAUCGGCAUAAUCAUAUCGGGCGAGUUCAUUGGUAUGACCGGUCGUGCACCACAGGAAGAUAUGGCGUCGUGUGUAGGGGCAUACUAUCUCAGCCAACAAUUGGGAGUGAUUCUCGGAGGAUCCAUCGCGCCGUUGUUGGUGCGGAUGGGAUUCAUGCGGGAUAUUGCCGGAAAGUUUGGGCAAAGGACCCCAGAAAUUGCCCGCCAAGUUCUGAGCGACGCGAGGUAUGUUGAUACGCUGCCGGAAGGUAUGCAGGCGGUUGUCCGAUCGAGUCUGCAGUACGGAUAUCAAUUCAUUCCGGGUAGUUUUUGCCACGGUGACAGCGGCGUUGUGUUUGCCCAGCUGGAUAUUUACGCCGGAGGAGAGGUUGGAUUAAGAAUAACCGGAUUGGCCCUGCUGGUGCGCGAUACCACGGUCGGAAAUUCGACCAGAUUCAAAGCAUCAUGAAAAGUUGAAUUCGUAGCUUGCUGCAUCAUCUAUACACUCAUCUACUUGUCUUCCUUUAUGCAUAUUCAUGCCGGCUUGGCGGUUCUGGAACCUUAAGGUCCUCAGAAAGGGUUUAGAAGACGCCCUCGGUGAAGUCGACCACCUGGGACUUUUCGAUCAGGCCAUCCAGGGUCUGAACGAAGCCUAGAUGCGCCGGGUCUUUGGUGAGAUAAUACUCUCUGUCUUGAUCGGACUCAAACUCCAUGACGAAGACAUGGGUGAUUCCAUUCUGAAGUCGUCUUUAUUAGCGUGGAUAUUUCUCCCAAUCCAACUACUUCCGGGCAUGAAUCACCUACAUUCUUACCCUCAGGUGAAUCCUGCUUUCCCGCAUUGAAUGACUUGAUGUAUGGCUUCUGCGUGAUAGGAGGUAGACACUUGU